CGCGCAGUUCCUCUUAUAAAUUAUCCUCAUCUUUCCCCGUGAGCAAUAGUCUGGUAUCCGCAUAGCCAUGGAUGCCAGACUUCGACGAGUUCAGAAAGAAAUCCUCGAUUGCAAGAAUGACAAGACGUCGAAUAUCAUACUCGAACUUAUAGAUAACUCGCCUUACCACUUGAAAGGCUCAUUUGAUGGUCCCGAGGGUACACCUUACGAGGGCGGGCGAUACGAUGUGGACAUAGUCGUACCUGAAUCCUAUCCCUUUCAACCCGUCAAAAUGAAGUUCAUUACCAAAGUGUACCACCCAAACAUCUCAUCCGCAAGCGGCGCGAUCUGCCUCGAUAUCCUCAAAGACGCAUGGUCACCUGUUCUCACUCUCAAAUCGACACUUAUCAGCUUACAAUCAUUGUUGUGUUCGCCUGAGCCGAACGAUCCUCAGGAUGCAGAGGUUGCGAAGCAUUAUAUGACGAGUCGAUCAAGCUUUGAAGCUACGGCUCGGUAUUGGGCUCAGACUUAUGCCGGAGCGCCGGCUAAAGAUGGUGUGAAGCAGCCUUCUAGGACUGGGACGCCGCGAGACGAAGUGGCGAUUGCGGGGUUGGAGAAGGCGCACGUGGACCAGUUUGAGGCGCUAGGGUUUGAGAGGGGCAAAGUGAUCGACGUCCUUCGAAGACUAAACUACCGAGGGUCGAAUGUAGCUAACAUUACCGAGGACAGAGUCGUAGAAGAAUUACUCAAAUGACAAUGUUACCUUUGUAUUUGUGAUGAUUGUAUCGAUUAAAUGCUGCGUAUGAUAAAUACCUGCGCAAGUCA